UCCCCUCGUAAUUCUUUCCCCAUCUCCUCCUCCUCUCCCGUUCCCUCGUCCUCUUCUCCCCCCUUCCCCUUCACCUUCUCCUUCUCCUCCUUCGGUUUGGCCCAGCUCCAAGCCUGGUUCUUGUUCUUGGUAAAGAAGAGGAAAGCAUUGCUUCCGGAGAGCUUAAGCUUCAAGCCAUCAACGCCAAAAUGGAUGAAGCUGAGGGUGGGUUCACCCCACUGUAUCAGUUGAACCCAUCACCGGAGCCCAGGCACAGAGUCCGGGUGCGCAUCUUGCGGAUGUGGGAGUCCUUCAACCCAAACAAUGGCACGGUGUUCGGCCUCAACAGCCUUCUCAUCGACGAUGAGGGUGGGACCAUGCAAGCCCAUAUACAUCCAAACAAUAAAAGGCGUUUCCAAGAGCGGCUAGUUGAAGGGAACGUCUACGCACUUUCAGAUUUUAAAGUUGAUUCAAGCGAGGGGAAAUAUAUGACCUGUAGGAACCCCAUGGUGAUGCACAUUGGAGCGCAGACGGUGGUGGAUGAGAUCGAUGGAGAUGUCGAUGCGAUACCACUCUGCAACUUUGAUUUUGUUGAUUUCGUUGAUGUUCCUUCGAGAGACCGCAAGAAUAGCUUAUUGACAGAUGUUAUUGGCCAAGUGGUAGAAGUUUGGCCCAUACAGCAGGUCCCUAAAAAAUUCCGCAUGAUAGAAUUUUGCAGCUUACGGAUUGAGGAUUUCAGGGGAAAGGAACUGGAUGUCACGCUGUAUGGAAAGCUUGGUCAUGAUUUUUACGCAGAGAUUCACAAGAAAUGCCAACAAGAUCCUGUUGCUGCCGUGUUCGCAGCGACGUGUGUUUGCCACUAUAAGGGAAAAGGAUAUACAAUUUGCUCUUCAUCAGCUUCAAAGUACUAUCUAGAUUUGGAAAUGCCAGAAGCACAACAAUUCCGCACGAAUUGGCAUCAUCCAAAAAAAACCAUAGUGCACCUCCAUUCGCAGCAAGCAAGCUCUGUAGAUCCAACUCAGGAGUCACAAAGUAUUUCGCAGCGAGCCCAGGAGUUACAAAGUAGCUGGAGAACAAUCAAACAGCUGCAAAACAUCGAUCCAUUCGGGUUACCGAAGGAUGCCAAAUUUUUGUGCACAGCCACCCUGAAAGAGAUAGAUUGCACUCAAGGUUGGUACUACCUUGGAUGCGUCCACUGCAGACAGUCGAUCGGCAGGGACGGAAGCGAAUUCUGGUGCAGCCAGUGUGACCCAGUGAACAAGAAGCGGAAGAGGCCGGAAUUACGGUAUAAGCUAAAUGCAGUGGUGGAGGAUGACACUGGCAUCAUGAACUUGAUGAUCUUUGCGGAGGAGGCGGAGGGACUGAUCAGUAUCGCGGCAGAACUUCUCAAAGAGAUUGCCGGUGAUGACAGGUGCACCAUGCCAGAUGCAAUCUCAAAUAUUCUUGGCACGACCCACACCUUUGAAGUUGCCGUGGACAACCGGAGCUUGAGCUUCGUGGUGAAAUGGGUCCUGGACGACGAUGAGUUGACACUGCUGCAGCACAGUGGGUCAGUUCAGUUGACAGUAGGAGGCGACAACAAUCAUUUGCUGAAGGAAGAGGGCUAUUCGUUGGUGUCUGGUUGCAGCUCACAACUUAUGGAGGAGAAGAUGGUGAUCAUCAAGCAAGAAACAGAGCUGAAGGCCGUAGAUGAGGCAGAUGCAGAAUGACUCCUUUCCCUGACUCUCAGCAGCAGCUCUUGGUCUCACAAGAACAAUAUGUGCUACAUGGGCGGUAAUCAGACCAAGUAGCAGUUCUUUUGCUUAGCCUUAAUUCUAAACCUAUGUAAAAUAAACAUGUAAGAAAUCUAGUGUAAAUAUUAUGUGGAAGCCACCUUUGAUCAAAUUUGCUGGGAAUACU